GGUGUAGUAGGUGUUCCCAGUGCCUGCGGGUAUUUGACUGUGGUAUAUAAGACGCGGCAAGCAUUUUUCCAGGCAGCAGUUGAUCUUAGUUCCUCCUAGGCUUCCAGUCACACAGUAAGACAGAAGAAUGGCCAAGGCAGCAACAGCAGCAGCGUGGUGCCUCGUAGUGCUGGCGGCGGUAGCGGCGCUGGUGGCGGCGGAGGCAGACCCCGGCCACCACCACGGAGGAAGGCGCUACUACAAGCGCCCCAGCUACUACAGCCAGAGACGCCCACACGGCGCCGCCCACGUCCCUCACUCCAGUCACUCUGGCGCUCACGGCCUUGCCUCCGUCAGCCACUCCGGAGCCACUCACGGCGUGCAUGACUCUCACUCCACCCUUGGCCUUGCCUCUGUCGGGCACUCCGGAGCCACUCAUGGCGUGCAUGACUCUCACUCCACCCUCGGCCACGCCUCCGUCGGACACUCCGGUGCCAGUCACGGUGUGCAUGACUCUCACUCCACCCUCGGCCACGCCUCCGUCGGGGUGCAUGACUCUCACUCCACCCUCAGCCAUGCCUCUGUCGGGCACUCCGGAGCUACUCACGGCGUCCAUAACACUCACUCCACCCUCGGCCACUCAGGCAGCCACGUGAAGGGCACCACUCACGGCGUGCACGGCGGCCAAGGCAAAAAGUACUACCACUAAUAGAACCAGGACCAGUGUCCUCCGGGACGCGUCCCUCCGCAGCACACAGGUGACGACCUCAGUUCCUGGUCUGGAUCUCCUCACGACUCAAGUCUACCUAAGCAGAUGUUGUUUUUAGUUGUUUUUUAUAAUAAAUAAUAUUGAACAAUA